CCACCACUGUGUGUCCAAAAGUACACAUCCAUACAGCCUGCAUAUGCCAAGCACAGCAGAAAAUUUCAGUAGUAACAGCUGAGCCGCCAGCGAAGCACAGUGCUUAUAUAUUUUCGCGGCGGUUGUGCGGUGGUGGUGUGUAUACUCACUGUCAAAACUACUCGGUUAUCAUAUCAAGGAAUUGAAUUUCAUCGAUUCUGACGUGCUUGUAACUGCAUACGUGAGUUGCUCUUUUCAACGUCGAUCAACCCAUCCUCGAUAAAGUAUUGGGGAAAAGGAAUAAGUUCGUGACAGAAACGAGAAAGAGAAAGAACGAGCGUAGCACACACCCCUCCCCUCCUCGUUCGGGCCAGUGCUCAGAGAGAGGCACAUAUUUAUACAUAUCGAAGAAACGCUUGAUUUUUCUCUCUCGACUCCAAAAUGCUGCAGACCCAGAGUGCGGAACAGUUCAAAUUGGUGCCCAAGGUAAUCAAUGGAGGUAUCGCUGGGAUUAUCGGGGUCUCGGUGGUCUUUCCGCUGGAUCUUGUCAAAACGCGACUCCAAAAUCAAGUGAUCGGACCCAACGGCGAGAGGAUGUACGCUUCCAUGUUUGACUGCUUUAAGAGAACUUACAGGGCUGAAGGCUACUUUGGGAUGUACAAGGGCUCUGCCGUUAAUAUUCUCUUAAUCACUCCAGAAAAGGCAAUAAAACUUACUGCCAAUGAUACAUUUAGGCACUAUCUAUCUACUGGUCCUGGCGAGCAGCUGCCCCUGUUUCGCGAGAUGGUAGCUGGUGGUUCAGCUGGAGCUUGUCAGAUUGUUGUGACAACGCCAAUGGAGUUGUUAAAAAUUCAAAUGCAAGAUGCUGGCAGAGUAGCUGCCGCAGCUGCAGCCUCGGCAAAAUCUGGUGAAGGUCCACCACCAAAGAAAGCUUCCGCCCUUGCUUUGACACGCGAACUUUUGCAGAAGAGAGGAAUCUUGGGAUUGUACCAGGGCACGGGAGCCACUGCCCUUCGAGAUAUAACGUUCUCGGUUAUUUAUUUUCCUCUAUUCGCGAGGUUGAAUAACCUUGGUCCAAAACGUCCUGAUGGUUCUUCUGUUUUUUGGUGCUCAUUUUUAUCGGGUUGUACUGCUGGUUCAGUGGCAGCGUUGAGUGUAAAUCCAUUUGAUGUAGUUAAGACGAGACUUCAGGCAAUCAAUAAGGCGCCUGGUGAACCGACUUAUGAUGGUGUUAUGGAUUGCGUAAGAAAAACAUUGAAAAAUGAAGGUCCUACGGCAUUUUUCAAAGGCGGCGCUUGCAGGAUGAUUGUGAUAGCACCGCUAUUUGGAAUUGCUCAAACUGUAUAUUACCUUGGAGUCGCUGAGAAACUUUUAGGACUCAAGUAAAGAGAUGGCUUUACACUAAUCAAUAAUUAUGGGCGUCUGCCAACUUGCCUAAAAGCGUCCAAUAGUCAAUUGCUCAAUAACAGAUGACAAUAAUGUUACGAAUUUAAUUAAAAUAUUUAUCAUAUACAUAUUAUGUACGCUACAUAGUCGUACAAAGAGAAAAUAAGAGAGUAAAACCUUGUAUCAUGUCAUAAGCACACAAGGAAUAUAUAAUUUUUCAAGGUAAUCUUUUCUCUAGUUGAACGGAUUAAAACGCACUAUGUUUUUUGUGUGAAACAUAAAAGCUGUUUUAAAGCAUUGAUGCUUGAUGUAUCUAAAAAAAACUACGAUUAGAUUACAUCCUUCCAAUUUUUCCAACCGUAAGUGACGGUGAAAUCGUUAAUUGUAUUACGAAAAGAAAAAAUGAGCAUGCCUCAUAUUUUCAGGUCGUCUCGUUACUGGCUAUCAAGCCAAUGGUGUUAAUGUCUGUAUAUGUAUAUUAUAGUGUAAGCCAUUGACAAUUGUCAAAUUGGUAAUUGUGGUUUUAUGUAACAGAAACGCUGAGCGUUAUUGAAUGUAUUUUACCUCGACAUAUCUCCAGCUAAUUUUUGUCUGAUUUAUUUUUGUGAUUUAUUUACGGUAUGCCAUGUAUGUGCUCAGAAGUGCGUUUACUAUGUACAUUUUGAUGUUUCUAUACACCUUAUAUUGUUAAUUAAUAAGCUUACAGUAUGCAAAGGAUAAAAACGUGAUUUUUUUUCAGCAUUUCAAGUUAAGUUCCUAUAUUUUAAAUGAAAUGACAAUAUUUUCAUCGUAACACUACGACUUUUUAUUAAAUUAUAAUUAAUUAUUACAUGAUUAUUGUUGUUGUUAAUUUUGUUAUUAUUGAUUUUUAUGUACAAAGAAACAACAUUCCACCAAGAGUAUUGUGUUUUUUAAUUAAUUUUUUAAUUAACAACAACAAAUAGAUUUACAAUUAUGUAUGGCAAUACACUAGAUAUAUUUACCAAUAUUUUCAAAUUUACUUUUGUUUCAUCUGUGAAACGUAUCGUGCAGAAGCAGUAAAAUAGUCCUAAUGUCAAAGUCCUACAAUUUA